AUGAAGUCGACCUGGUACAGGUUGGCUGGUCAUUGUCUGGCCUCAUCUUAUCGCAUAGCCCUUUUUUGGGUCAGGAGAAUGACAAGUUGCCUAUUUCACUGGGCGCUCAUUUCAACCGUUGAAUCAAGUCUCAUCGUGAGUCGUCACCUGAGACAGACCAUCCUGGCCGAGCCUGGCAUAAUUAAUGUGGCCUCUUUUGGGUUAGAGACUGUUUUGACUUUCCAUGGCGUGUCUACCUCAGGCCUGGCAACUCCCAAUGGACAGAGCUUCUGGCUUUUUUAA